AUGCCGCUUCCGGUGCCGCUCGACUGCGGCGAGGUGCUGGAGGGCAGCGCCGCGCCUACCGCCAACCGCCAACCUUUGCAGACCGGCUGCGCCCAGACCGCACCGGCCAAGAUGAAGCCCGCCGCCCUGCUCCUGGCGCUGUCUGUGAUGGCCUCCAGGGAGCUCCAGCAGACCAGCUCGCAAGGACAGGGCGUGAGCUGCGCGCGCAUCUGCAAGACCGGGCUGGACGAGAGCCGCAGCGAGGCCUCGCUGGCCGCCUGGCGCCGCACCUUCCCCUACGACUACUCGGGCAGCUACUCCGACUGCAUCAAGAGCUGCGCCAAGGACCAGACCGCCCGCAGGGAAUACACCGACCAGUAUGGCAACUCGUGCAACGACAUCUGCGAGAAUGACACCGAAGGCUCCUUUGGCGGGUCGUCGGUGGAGGAGUGCCAGGGCUGCUGCGCCAGCUACUACACAACCGGCUGCAAUCCCUGCACCGGCUUUGGCUGCUGA